GCUAGCAUUUAAAGGCCCACCACUUGCUGUAGGUCUCUAGCGUGUUGAAGUCAAAAGUAGCCAUUUCUCUCUCUCUCUUUGCUUCAUCUUCAUUGAUCGUCAACUAAAAAUGGCGAGAACCAGAAAAACCCAUCUUGUGUUCUCUCAGAUUCCUCAAGGGUUUUAUUGAUUUCUGAUUAAAAGGGUCAACUAAAAACACUUGCUCCCUGUUCUUCUCUCUGUGCAAAAUAAAACAUCAUAAAGCUUCUUCCUUUUCUUGUCUCUGCCCUUGAAAUGCGUGCGUGGGUGGUCGUCAUCGUCCUCACAGAGCUGCUACUAUGCUUCUUCUGGGCCUCGGAAUCUCAGACCCUCCUCACGUGCCACCCACGUGACCUCGAGGCCCUGCGUGACUUCAUAUCGAAUCUCAAACCAAAACCAGACGAUUGGCUCCUCAACGACGAUUGCUGCAGCUGGACCGGAAUCACCUGCAACAACAACAGAGUCACCAAACUCGAGCUCGGGAACAAAAAGCUGUCGGGGAAACUGUCUGAAUCAUCUCUACAGAACCUAGAUCAGAUCACGGUCCUCAACCUCUCUCGGAACUUCAUCAGAGACUCGAUCCCUCUCUCGAUAUUCAACUUAACGGCUCUCCAAACGCUCGAUCUGAGCUCCAACGAUCUCACCGGAGAGAUCCCGAACACCGUAAACCUCCCCUCCCUGCAAAGCCUCGACCUUUCCUCCAACAAACUCAACGGCUCUCUCCCUUCUCACCUCUGCAACAACUCCACUCGAAUCAGAGUCAUAAAACUCGCGGUUAACUACUUCGCCGGAGACUUCCCUCCCGGGUUCGGGAACUGCCUCCUCCUCGAGCAUCUCUGCCUCGGCAUGAACAACCUCACCGGUAACAUCCCCAACGACCUCCUUCGUCUCGAAAGGCUAAACCUUUUAGGCGUUCAGGAGAAUCGUCUCUCCGGUGCGUUGAGUCCUGAGAUCGGUAGCCUCUCCGGCCUCGUUCGUCUCGAUGUUUCGAUGAACCAACUCUCCGGCGAGAUCCCCGACGUGUUCGGGGAGAUGUCUCAGCUGAAGGAGCUACUAGCUCAGAGCAAUAAAUUCACCGGAGGGAUCCCUAAGUCGUUAUCGAAUUCGCCGAGUUUGAAUCUGCUUAACCUGAGGAACAACUCGUUAACCGGUCCUCUCCAAUUGAAUUGCACGGCGAUGGUUGGUUUAAACUCUCUUGAUUUAGGUACUAACCGGUUCAACGGCCGGUUACCUGAGAAUCUACCCGUUUGCAAGCGGUUAAAGAACGUUAACCUCGCUCGCAACUCCUUUCGCGGACAAGUGCCAGAGAGUUUCAAGGACUUCCAGAGCCUUUCUUUCUUCUCGCUAUCGAACUCGAGCUUGUCCAACAUCUCAUCUGCGCUGAGGAUACUUCAAAGCUGCAAGAACUUGACGACUCUUGUUCUCACGUUAAACUUCCACGGAGAGGCUUUACCCGACGACGAACCUCUUCGUUUCGAGAAGCUCAAGGUCCUUGUGGUUGCGAAUUGUAAACUCACCGGUUCAAUGCCGAGAUGGUUAAGCUCGAGUAACGAUCUUCAGCUGUUGGAUCUUUCUUGGAACCGGUUAACCGGAGCUAUACCGAGCUGGAUCGGUGAGUUCAAGGAUCUUUUCUACUUGGACUUAUCUAACAACUCUUUCACAGGAGAGAUCCCAAAGAGCUUAACUAAGCUGCAAAGCCUCACGAGCCGUAACAUCUCGUUAGAUGAACCGUCUCCUGACUUCCCUUUCUUCAUGAAGAGGAACGAGAGUGCAAGAGCCUUGCAGUACAAUCAGAUCGUUGGCUUCCCGCCGACGAUCGAGCUUGGUCAUAACAACCUCUCUGGACCUAUCUGGGAGGAGUUUGGUAAUUUAAAGAAGCUUCACGUGUUUGAUCUGAAGUGGAACGCGUUGUCUGGCUCUAUCCCUAGCUCGUUGUCCGGUAUGACUAGCUUGGAGGUUCUUGAUCUUUCUAAUAACCGUCUCUCCGGUUCGAUCCCGAGUUCUCUGCAGAAGCUCACGUUCUUGUCGAAGUUUAGCGUCGCUGGGAACAAUCUUUCGGGGAGGAUACCUUCUGGUGGUCAGUUUCAGACGUUCCCUAACUCGAGUUUCGAGUUUAACGAUCUCUGCGGGGAGCAUAGGCUCCCAUGUUCUGAAGAUGGAGUGAAUGGAACAACGACAUUGAUCAUACAUUCGAGAAGAAGAAGCAGAGGAGCUGAGAUUGGGAUGGCAGUUGGGAUCGCGUUUGGUUCGGUCUUCCUCCUCACCCUCCUCACUUUGGUCGUGUUGCACGCGCGUAGAAGGUCAGGGGAAGUUGAUCCGGAGAUGGAGGAAGAGAGCAUGAACCGGAAAGACCUCGAAGAGAUGGGGUCUAAGCUUGUGGUGCUGUUUCAAGACAGCGACAAAGAUCUCUCGUUUGAUGAUCUUUUGGACUCGACCAACAACUUCGACCAAGCUAACAUCAUCGGCUGCGGCGGGUUUGGUCUGGUUUACAAGGCGAUGUUACCAGACGGAAGCAAAGUAGCGAUCAAACGGUUGUCAGGAGACUGCGGUCAGAUCGAAAGAGAGUUCAAAGCAGAAGUCGAAACACUCUCGAGAGCGCAGCAUCCGAAUCUUGUCCUACUCCAAGGGUUCUCUUUCUACAAAACCGACCGGCUUUUGAUCUACUCUUACAUGGAGAACGGAAGCUUAGACUACUGGCUACACGAGCGCAGCGACGGUCCAGCUCUGCUAGAUUGGAAAACACGUCUUAGAAUCGCUCAGGGCGCUGCGAGAGGGUUGUAUUACUUGCAUGAAGCUUGUGAUCCUCACAUCUUGCACCGUGAUAUCAAGUCUAGCAACAUUCUUCUAGACGAGAACUUUGAUUCUCAUUUAGCGGAUUUUGGACUAGCCAGGCUGAUGAGUCCUUACGAGACGCAUGUGAGUACUGAUUUGGUUGGGACUUUGGGUUACAUUCCUCCUGAAUACGGACAAGCUUCUGUUGCUACUUUCAAAGGUGAUGUGUAUAGUUUUGGAGUUGUGCUACUUGAGCUUUUGACUGAUAAGAGACCGGUGGAUAUGUGUAAACCCAAGGGAGGUAGGGACUUGAUCUCGUGGGUUGUGAGGAUGAAGAGUGAGGGUCGAGCUAGUGAGGUUUUUGAUCCGUUUAUUCAUGGUAAAGUGAAUGAGGAAGAGAUGUUUAGGGUUCUUGAGGUUGCUUGUUUAUGUUUGAGCCAUAACCCUAAACAGAGACCAACGACUGAACAGUUAGUCUCUUGGCUUGAUGAUGUCUAGAUGGAGAGGACAAAACAACUUCUCUGCAGAGAUUACAGUGUGAUACAAUGUGAAUAGUUUCUAAAGAAUAAUUUGUUUCUUCAUUUUUUAUUUUAUGUUAAUCUCCAUUUGUGAUUCAGAUUUAGAUAUUGAAGAUAAAGAGACUGAAACAUAAUACAAUGUCUGAGUAAACUGGAAACUCUUUUUGUAAUUUUUGCAAGUUCUUCAAGAGUGGCAUCUUUCAAGCAUUUUGAAUAAGA